CCGAGCGCCCGAUAACAUUUAUCGGCUAGCAGCAACGCGGUGUGGAUUUCGUUCGGUUUUUCUGCUUUUUCAUUGGGAUUCGCUUUGAAAUUGAGUAAUACUGUUAAGAUGGCUGGCAAGCGACAGGCCACCUCGAACCUGAACCACGACAACUGGGACCAGGAGGAGGAGCCCGAGGAGCGCGGCACCUUCCGCACGGCCAGCGAGCAGGAGCUCAAGACACGCGUUAUCAAGAAGGCGCGCCGCAAGAUUGCCGGUGGAUCGUCGGCCGCUGGCGAGGAUGGCCCCGAAGAGACGCCGUCGGAGCCGAAGAGCGUGUUUAGCGGGUUCUCCGGUUUCGGAAAGCCGGCUGCAAGCGCAGCGGCGGGCUCGCCCUUCUCCUUCCUGGCCAAUCUGCCGGCUCAAGGCGCCACCACUAGCAAGGCCUCCUCCUCCACCAGCGAGCCAGCAAAGCCCUCGUUCUCCUUCGGGCUCAGCUCCAGUACGGCCGAUAAGCCGGCCAGCUCCAGCAUUUUCGGCACCCCCAGCGUCAGCAGCACGGGACCGACCCCAUCUCCGGCCAAGGAAUCAACAAGUACCACCGAUGGCGCCAAGCCGUCCACCUCGAUCUUUGGCAACAUAUCAGCCGCCAAAAAGGAGAGCAGCGAGCCCAAGUUGCCGCUGACCAGCAGCAGCAAGCCAGUCGGCUCCACUGCCACCACUUUGGAGUCCUCCGAGUACCGCGAAAGCGUGGCCGAGUUGAAUCGGGCUGUUAUGAAGUUCCUGCAGGAGCACAUGGACAAGAGUCCCUAUUGCAUUCUAACGCCAGUGUUCAAAAACUACGAGAAACAUUUGAAGGAGCUGCAGGACGAGGAGAACGCCAGAACAAAGGCCACAGCAACACAGCCCAGCUUUGGAGUGCCAGCUGCAGUCGUGCCAAGUGCAACGUCGCCAUCAAAGCCGACCUCCACGUUUUCCUUUGGCAAGCCCAGCACCCCGAUAGGCGGCACCACAUCGCCCUUCGCCAAGAAGCCCAAUUGUACUGUAACCAGUGGCGGAACAACCACCACAACCACAACGCCGCAAUUCUCCUUCGGCAGCACGGCAGCUUCCAGUGCUCCGGUGUCGACUUCCGCCAGUAUCUUCACUUUGCCAUCAAAGCCACUGGGAGAAACCAAGGCCGAAGAUGCCCCAAAGCCAAGCAUUUUCAGUUUCGGAGCAAAGGAUACUACCACCAAGAAGGACGAGCCCGCAUUCUCGCCACCGAAAACUAAUGGCUUUAGCUUCGGACUAAAGAGCAGCAGCGAUGACAAGCCAAGCACCUCGUUGUUCGCCGGUUUCGGCAAGGCACCCGAUGGAGGAGGAGAUGCCGCAAAGGGAUUCUCCUUCACCAGCAGUGCCAAGCCCUUCUCCUUCGGAAACAUUCAGCCGCCAGCAGCGGCCGCAGUCAGCGAGGAAGCGGAGGAUGAGGAGGACAAGCCGCCAAAAGUCGAGUUCAAACAGGUCGUAGAGGAUGAUGCUGUGUACUCGAAACGGUGUAAGGUGUACAUCAAGAAAGACAACGAUUAUAGCGACCGCGGCGUGGGCACGUUGUACUUGAAACCGGUGAAGGACUCGGAGAAGACUCAACUGCUGGUGCGCGCCGACACCAAUCUGGGCAACAUCCUGGUCAACCUUAUUCUGAGCGAGGGAAUACCCUGCCAGCGCAUGGGCAAGAACAACGUGAUGCUGCUCUGCGUGCCCACGCCGGAGGACACCAAGGCCGCAUCGCUGUUGCUGCGCGUAAAGACCGGCGACGAGGCCGACGACUUAAUGAAGAAGAUCAAGGAGCACAUCAAGUAGCGAUAGACAGCUAACAAACUGAAUUCGUACAUCUGAAUGUUGUUUAAUCGUUUAUAUUUUAAAGACUAUACAAUUAUGAACACCUGGAAAUAGAACACACAAGAAUGUACACAUAA